AUGGAGUCAGAAAAGAAUUAUUUUUUAGCACAAUACCUGCAACAAAUCUCGGAAGAAGAACCAGGAGUGAAAUCACCAAAAAGCGCUGGAGACGGAAGCACAAUGUCAAUUUCGGAUUUCUCAUUCAUCAAAGUGCUUGGUAAAGGAUCAUUUGGAAAGGUCAUGCUGGCUGAGAAAAAAGGGUCCGAUGAAGUUUAUGCUGUAAAAAUCCUGAAGAAAGAUGUGAUAGUGCAAGAUGACGAUGUGGAAUGUACAAUGUGUGAAAAGCGAAUUCUUAGCCUAGCUGCCAAGCACCCAUUCCUCACUGCUCUGCACAGCAGCUUCCAAACCGCGGUAAGUAUAUUUUUUUGGGGAAAGAGUUAGGA